CAAGCAACAGUCAGAAAAAGUAUGAACGCGUAUCCCUCGGUUUCAACUGCCAAAGUUAGCUGUAUCGUAAAAAUUCAUGAAAACAACAAUUAGCUUUUUGAUCUUAAUUCAAGGUUAGGUUUAAAAUCACAUUGUAAGAAGAUAAUUGUAGAAAUAGGCGGGGUUUGUGGCUGUAGUGACGACCAUAUCCCUCCCUCCACAGACCCAGACCCCGAGUUGUCGUUGACCGUAGUAGCCAGCGUCCAAACCAGGCUGCCACAAGCCGAAAACAUCGCCACACCCGGGCAGCAGUAGUUUUGAGCAUGGCUAGUUCAGCUGUGACCGGUGUCGUACCACCGGGUCAGACAGUGGGCGGAGGCAGCAGCAGUGGAGUAGACGAACAGGUGAAGCCAGAGUACAUAGCCUUCGUUCUGGUGCCUGUCUUCUUCCUCCUGGGUCUCCUGGGGGUCCUGAUCUGCCACGUCCUGAAGAGGAAGGGUUACCGCUGCACCACAGAGGCUGAGGAUGAGGAGGAGGCGGCCCGGGCAGCGGAGGAGGAAAAGAAGGAUCUGGAGAUGUGCGCGGAGCUGAACGACACCUACGUUGAGGGCAACGACGACACAGUGGGACAGAUCGUUCAAUACAUCAUGGAGAAUGAAGCGAACUCCGAUGCCCUCAAAGCCAUGGUUCCUGAAACCAGCAUAGACUCAGAUGGCCCACCGCUGACUCCCACCUCCCCUACCUCCCCCAGCUCCCCCCCAGUGACCCCCAUCUCACCCGGUGCCCCGGCGGGGGCGGCCAAACACACCUGCAACCACCUGCACACCAUUGGAGGCAUGGGGGGCCACAGGAACAUCUGCAACCGCUGCAACCACAAGAAGUGGCCCCUGAUGAGGCAUGUUUCCGCCAAGAGGAUAGCAGACAGGAGGAGCCACGGCGAGGUCACUGUGCUGGCUGUGGGGAGGUUCCGGGUUACAAAGUGUGACAAGGAGAGGCCCGCCAGAGAAAGGCGGACCCUGCUCAUCACAGACUCCAACGGCAGCAUGCCCACGACGCCCACAGAGAAGGAACCCCCUGAGCGCAGGACCACCUCUGAGUCACAGCAGAAAGAUGAAGGGGACGACCCAAAGUGACAGAAACCAAGGUGCGGAGCAUCGCUUCCUGAAGAGAGCCGAGGGGGUGAUUAUUAUAAUUUGCAACACUUUUUUUUUUUUACCCAGAAUCAGACCGUCGAGAAGCAUCAGCGCGCGAGGGAGACCGACGUUGAAGAGCGGCAGUGUCAAUCCAGGGUUAAGUCCAUCCCUAUCUAUGCCCCUCCUCCUCCUCCUCCUCCUCCGAUGGUCAGACAAUAGAAGACAGCGGCGUUGAUGGUGAAUUGGAUGAUGACGAUUUAGACAGGAGGUUACUCUCUUAGCCCCUUGGCUAACAUCAGACUUGGCCCUCUGUCUCGGUCAAGGUAGCGGAAAGGGGGGGUGGUAUGGCGUGUGUGUGUGAAAGCAUCAUUGUGCCAUUCAUCAGACAGUGAGUCACUGGCAGCGCCCCCACACCCUCUCGUCACCAAAUAUGUGGAAACGACCACCAAAGUUAAUGGUUGAUUUCCCACGAUUCCGCUGCAAAGGAGGGGGAAACCACAAAUGCUCACCUGACCAGGAAGUUGAGAUUGCAUUGGGGUGUGUGUGUGUGUGUGUGUGUGUGCGCCAAUAAACUGUGCACUGUGUUGGAGCCAAAUACAAAUGCUAAAGGUACAAUCUCUACCUAGCCUUCAUGUCCACUUCUGACCCACUGGGCAAAAACUGGUUGAAUCAACGUUGUUUCCACGUCAUUUAAACCCCCAAAAUCUAAAUGAUGACGUUGAAUCAACGUUGAAAACUAAUUGGAUUUGCAAAAGGUCGUCAACGUAAGGGAGUUUUAAAGAAUCACCCAACUUUUAACCUAAAUUCAAUGUCAUGGUGGUUUUUUUUUUCAUAAUUUUUUUACGUUAGUUGACACCUCAACCAAAAGUAGACGUUGAACUGACGGCUUCCAAUUGGCUCGUUCUCCCCCCUCCUGUCCCCUGUAACUAUGCCCCAGGUCGUUGCUGUAAAUGAGGUGGUGUUCUCAGUCAACUUACCUGGUAAAAUGAGGGUUCAAUAAAACACGUCUGCCCAGUGGGGAGCUACUGCACUCAACUCAGUGCUCCUCUCAUUGAACAUACAUACUUUUUUCUCUUUCCUGUAAUCCUAAAGAGUCCUGGACAGAGUCUGUGGAUAAUGAUGUGCCUUUUGUAACUGUGCCAAACCUAUUCCUUAAAUAAAAUAUCACCCCCCCUUCUCUGAACUCUGCCUGACCCAUUCACUGUAUCUCGUCCCCCCCUUCUAGAACUCCAAUGGAGUACAUUAACUAGGUUAAUAUGGUGAGGAGAAAUUACCUUAUCACCUUUUAUUAAUUAACCUUUUGGUUGUCAUGGUGAUGUAUGGAACCGCUUCUGAUUCCACCCCAAUGAAACUACCCAUUUUAAUUGGCCAUUGACUCAUCUCUUUGCCAAUAUUUGAUUCCUAUUCAAAGGAACCGUGAACAAAUCCCUUUUUUAAACUUCACUAGUAGGCCUUAAAAUGCACUUAUUUCUGGAUCGAUGCACAGACAGUCUUCCUCGGAACAGCUUGGAUAGAGUAUCUGCCUUGUGUGUCUCACUGAUUUGAGUACAGUGGUAUGUAGUGGGAUGUACACUUUUUUUGGUGUGUGAGAGAUUUUGUAUUUUCAACGUGAAUCAUGAGGUCUAGUGACUUGCAUACCACCAAAUGUUUUGUUUUCUAUGGUGAAUAAAGUUUUUAGUACAGGACUUGGAUACAUGAACAUUACCUUUUUGAAAAAGAACGGUGGCCUUUUUAUCUAUAACAGGAGCUGAACCAAAAUGAUUUCACAAUGCAACAAAAAAAAUUCUCAGUGAGGAAAAGCAAUGUCUUGUGAUCAAAUGCUUUAAAAUGUAAAUUAUACUGUAACAAUUCAUCUUGUCUCCUAAUUGCCAUGAAUUAUAAACAAAUGUCAAAGUA